GUGGCGCGACGGGCGCGGCGCAGCGCGCAGUGACAGGCGGCGCGCGGGGCGCGCGCGACGCAAUGGUUUCGCGAUCGGAGUAGCGGACGCACGCAGCGGGGUUGACUCACGGCGGAAGAGAGUGAACGCGACGGCCGUGUGCAGCCGCGACAUCGCCGAGAGAUCGCGGCCGAUCAUUAUCCGGCGGGAUAUUUUCGCCCGGCGAGGGAGGACACGUGUCCCCCCACCUCGUCCAUGCGCGAUCGCCGCGAGUCCUCUCCUCGUCGCCGCGCUCGCCGUAUAGGUUAUAUUACAACGCACACGCGAGAUCGGGGUAAUAACCGACCGGAGGCCGGGGAGACAGAGAGAGAGUGAAGAUAAUCGCCGUUAAGCCAUGACGACCGUAGACUCGGACGACGAGAUCGAGAAGCUGCCGCAUAUACAGUGGAGCAGCGCGGCGGUUCCCGGGCCAUCCGGCUGUAUGUUCCCCGGCGAGAUGACACCGUUGGAAUGCCAGAUAGCCGGCCAUCCCUUCAACGGCAAGAAGCAAACCAUCGGCAUGCUGGUGUGCAGGCGAACCGGCCACGUACUGAAACCGGCGACCAAAGUGAUCCUUGGCGAGAGAGAAAUCGCAUUCUACGAAGACUUGAAGAACUCUCACGAUCCCAUUGCGACGGAGCUAAAAAAGUUCAUUCCGCGUUAUUACGGCACAACGGAACUACGUGUCUUUAAUAACCGUACGAAAUUCCUCAUGCUUAGGAAUAUCACAAAGGGCAUGGCCGAGCCAUGUGUGAUAGAUAUCAAGAUCGGUUCUCGCACGUGGGACCCUUUAGCCACGCCAGAGAAGAGGAGAACGGAGGAGCUCAAGUAUGCCGAAUCGAAGCGUACUUAUGGUUUUUGUAUAACAGGUUAUCAAGUGUAUUCUGUCUUGUCCGGACAGUUAAGCAAAUAUGACAGAGAUUACGGCAAGCAACUUGGUGUCGAUGGCGUCGUGGAAGCGCUGGAAAGCUUCUUGAACUUAAUACCUGGAAAACUAGUCUGUCGGCAAUUGGUCUCCGAAAUCUUGACAUAUCUAUACAAGAUCGAGCGAUUCUUCAACAUGCAGCGGAAAUAUCGCUUCUAUUCCAGCUCACUUCUGGUCGCCUACGACGCCCAACACUUACGGCAGCAUUGUCCAUUAAAUGAUGAUAGUUCUGUUCCUCAUUCAGUGCCGAAAUUCAACAAAGAAAUGUGUGAAUCGGUUCCUUGUACAGUACCUAAUCAGCAUUUAUCUGGAACGAACGAUUUAAUGUUUAGACCAAGGAUGAAGAAAAGUGUAAGCGAGCCCAAGUCGAUAUCGCGCGAGCAGAUACCUAAUCAGGGCAAAUCCUGCAAUUCGAAUACCAAUGUGGACCGGUUAUGUCGCUCGAGCCCGAGCCAUUUUUCAUAUUCGCGCACGGACGAUGUUGCGAAGAAAGAUGAUGAAAACGUUCCAGUGGACAAGUGCAAGUGGGUCAAAGUGAGAAUGAUCGACUUCACACACGUCUUCCCGGGAGAAAAUAACGACUUGGAUCGAAAUUACCGGAACGGCCUCCAGAUGCUAAUCCAGCUCUUAAUUAUGAUCAAGAAGAGCGAUUGUAUGCACUGAAGUUGUUUCUCCCUAUCAAAGAAUGUAUUACUUGUGACGAUGUUCCCGAAAGUGAACGGAGAAGAUUGUAGAAGAUAAGAUUCAAACAAGGAUAUAUUGAUAUGACGAUGUGUCAUCCGUGUUAUCGGUUCCGGAUAUCAGAAUGACAUAUCGAGACAUUAUAAAUCAAUAAAAACAAAAUCUUUGACAACAAUUGUUAUAUCAAAAGAAGACAGUGUUCAUUGUAGAAGGCGAUAGCUCUUUGAUGAAAAGAAAAUACUGAAUUUCAAAGACUUGUAAAAGAAUUUCAAAGACAUGUAAGGCCGGAAAACUGCAAUUUGAUUAACGAAACUUGAGGCAACAUAUUUCUCUCAAAGGUUUGAUUGCUAUAGCAAUUACUCGAUACAGAGUCAAGUGCCGUACACUAGGACUCUUCCGCGAGAUUAAAAACUAGAGAUACACAGAGAAGUAGCCUAACUGGGCACGCAAUCAAUUCUGAAUCGGAUUCCAGAAGGAUGUCUUCUUUAGGAUAAAAUGAUUAAGACUUUUAUACUUUGCCAAAAGAAAUUGUAACGCGAUGUAUAGAGUACCCAGGAAUUUUGACCCUUCGCGUUUACCAUGUGAAGACUUAACAAAUUUAGAACCGGGCACAACGGAGGAAGAUAGAGAAUAUUCUAAAUAUCCAACAGCCGUUCGCGCGACUUUCACAUUAUGGCGACAAUAAGUCGCACUUUGUAAACAUGAACACACCGUACUGGCGAGAAGUUCUUUAAUGGUACCAUUACCAACUCUGCCAUGUUAUACAUAUUUAUGUUACACGCAUUACGUGAUGAAGAAAAGUGCAGAUUACUGUAAUUGUAACAGCAGCAAUAAAACAUUACGAUGUAAAGUG